CUAAAUAUUGUGUUCAAUGUUUUCUUUAUUAAAAAGAUAACAGUGUUUUUUAUUACAUAUACUAAUAAUAUGUUUGGCAGUCUCAUAAGUUUAAAAUGUAUGUAACAAUAGUUUCAAUUCGAUCAAUGAAUUUAAAAAGCAUGGUUAAGUUUUUUCUAAAAAUUAACAGAUUUCAAACACGUGGUACUCAAAGGGAAAGCGGAGGUAUAAAUGCAUACUAUCUUUAGGCAGAAACAUUUUAAAGCACUAUUGUAAUAUAAAAGUGAAAAAACAAAACUUGUGUAGAUUGUAAAAAAAAAAAAACAUUGUUUUGUUUUCUACUAGAAAACUAAUUAUAUUAACUAGUAGCUUUAAAUACCUAAUCGUAUUAGUUGCUUAUUUUAACGAUCGAUUUCGUUAAAGAGUACCUUUUGAUUUCAUGGCAAAUAAGAACAAAUUAACACCAUUUCUGUAUUGGAUAAAUAAAUUUAUGUUACCUACAUUUAAGAUUAAUUUUGAAAUCAAUGUAAAUUAUGAUUAACACCUGAAUGUUCGGAGCUCAUAAUUUCUUAAUUUUUUCAUUUCUCCAAAUUCUUAUUUUUGGAGGGCACCCUGUGUCGGAAUUUUUGUUUUAUUUUCUUUUUGUAUGCCGGCGCUUAUCGUUUUUCAUGACACUCACACUCUGAAAAUUCCAUGUGUGUUUGUGCCUUUAUUUGUUCAUAUAAUUCAUAUUUAAUCAACUGAUAAUAUAAGAAAACUGUUCAACCUGCUUUUGUGCUGACUGCCUGUGUGCUGUGCUCCAAUUUCUGUGCUCCUGAUACACUUGCUGACAUUAUCACCUGCCCUGGCACUGCGAAUGAUACGCCAGCGACUCUACGGGUAUUUGAUAACAACCAGCCACUUGAUAUUUUCCAAUGCGGCGACCGAGUAGCACCAGCUUUUGUUAUGACACCAAUUAUUAGAAGACUCACUAGCUAAAUCGAAUGAGUACUAGACUGAGAAAAGGAGGUACUCUAUUUCGUUUGGUUUCUAGUAUUAGAAUGAGAUCUUUCAGAUCACAAUGUCCCAUUCUAAUAAUAUGGAGAUUUUAUCUGCAAAUAAUGAUCAAUUUGUUGAUUCUGAUAGGUUAGCAUAUGAAAAACUAAACCUAAACCUAACAAAGACUAUUGCUUUUAUUUAACACAAGUACGCCAUGAGAUAAAAUCUUUUGAGUGCUAGCUAGAAUUCAAUUGAACCCUAAAAUCCCCAAUAGGAAAAUUUAGGAGGCAGCCGCAUUGACAAACAAAUUCAGAAUUCCACUUAAAACCAUUUCGGCCAAAUCAAAAGAGCGUUAUCAGAAGAUGUAUGAGGAGUUAGGAGUCUUAGGUUAUAUGGUCAGCAUUGGGUUGACCUUGUGUGUGGCCGCUCUGGGAUAUUUCUAUCACUAUCAACUGCGAACCGGCGGAGGUAAUCGGCUAGAUGUUACCAAGUUAUUUGCUCACAAUCUGCCAGAUUUGCCGCCGAUCAAACUCACCUUGGCUCAGUUGCUGGGAUUUGAUGGGACGCGGAGUGAUGGAAGGAUACUGGUGGCGCUCAAGGGAAAGAUCUACGACGUGUCCAACGAUUUGCCAGAGUUCGGCUUGGAUGGCACCCUGUCUCAUGUAGCUGGCAGGGAUUUUACCCAUUACCUGAACAUGAUAAUGAGCCUGCAAGACUCGGAGAUCAACUAUGUGGAUCGUUGGGAAGCCAUUCUGGAGAAAAAUUAUACACGUGUCGGCAUCGUAAUCGAUGAUCUUGGCAAUCCCCUUAUCAAUACAGUUGAGAUUAUGAGUGGUAGUAGUUCCCAAAAUGCUAAGGAAAUAGAGGAUGGCCAGGAGGAUGUUUUGGAAGCAAAUAAAAUCACUGAAACUGAUUCAGAAACUAAGAUUUUAAAUGUUUUGUCGAAUAAGACAUUGAAUGAGGUACUUACAGCUGAAACUUUGCCAUCGGAUACAGUAUCACAGAAAUCUGGCAUUGAUCUAAAUUCAGAUAGCAUGAUUAAUAAGGAAGUGUCUGAUCAUUGAAUAAAAAGAAAAUUUAGAAUUAGCUUGGGGUGUUUUUAAGACAUCUCCAAAUAAAUUCAAAGGUCCUUAAAA